AUGGCGGUCGGGGAGAGCGCCCCGUACGGGGAUGGCCCGUUCGCGGAGUGCCACGAGCUCAUCGAGGAGAUGCGGCGGAUAUACGCCACGGACGAGGACACGAUGAAGGCUCGGCAGCUGAACGAGCAGUUCGCGGAGGUUCGCGAGCUGUGCGAGAGGCGCGAGGUGCACAUGCAGGACGUGAUCAAGGAGAUGGUGCAAAAAGUGAAGGAAGCGGAGAAAGCGGCGACGCCGACGGAGUCGGAGGAGGAGCACAAGAAGCGGCUCGCGCAGGCGGAGUCGGAGAAGCGCGCGGCGGAGGAAUACCUCACGCACAUGGAACACGAAGCGAUGGCGCUCGAGAACUCGCAAGCGGAGCUCAAAGCGGAGGCGGCGAAGCUCAAGAUGAAGAAGCAAGAGCUCACGGACAUGGAAGAUGAAGGCGUGCCCCGGUUGAAGCACGAGCUGUCGCUGUACGCGCACAUAUCGAAGAUCUCGUGGGCGUACGACAGACCAGAUCGAAUCAAAGGCCGCGUGAACGGCGCGGGCGAGGUGAAGCCGUUCGAUUUCGCGCCGGACGAGAUGACCGAGUUCGAACUCGUGAACAAGAUGUGGGACCUCAUAGAUUAA